UCAGCUUGACGGCUUGACCACAAAUGGCGUGUUCCGUUUCAAACAAAAACGAUGGCGUUGGCGACCGCCGGUCCCCAUCUCAGUGCUUCUGAAUUCUAAUGUUUCCUUUUGCAUUUUCUUUCUAAAAUUGUUCCGAAUAUGGAGCUUUUCCGUUUUUGUUGUAGAAUGACCCCCGCCGUGCCGAUUUUGGAUUUUAAUGAUCGUCUUUUCGCUAGUUGAGGGAGGUUUUGACAGCUGAAUAAGAACUUGAGGAGCACCAAAGAGGAGAUGAAAGAGGGGUCAACAGGGUUGGCUAUUGGAAUUUCGAUAGGAGUGGUGAUUGGAGCUCUUUUGGCGAUUCUUGCUCUAUUCUGCUUUAGAUAUCAUAGGAAGCGGUUGCAGAUUGGUAAAAGCAGUUCCAGGACAGCAGCAAAUGUUCCCAUUCGAACAAAUGGAGCUGAUUCUUGUACUAUUCUAUCAGACUCCGGAGUGGGUCCAGAAUCACCAGUGAAGUUCAGCCGAAAUGGCAUAUCCUCAUGGCUUGACAGAUUCAAGAGAAGCAGUGUGAUCUCGGCAUCUGGGAUGCCUGAAUAUUCUGUAAAGGAUCUGCAAAAGGCAACCGGCAAUUUUACAAGUGUAAUAGGACAAGGGGCAUUUGGUUCCGUUUAUAAAGCUACUUUGCCAUCUGGUGAGACUGUUGCUGUGAAAGUGCUCGCAACCAAUUCUAAACAAGGAGAAAAAGAAUUCCAGACAGAGGUGAUGUUAUUGGGAAGAUUGCAUCAUAGAAACCUCGUGAAUAUGGUUGGAUACUGUGCUGAAAGAGGCGAACAUAUGCUUGUGUAUGUCUACAUGAGUAAAGGCAGCCUAGCUUCUCACUUGUAUAGUGAUCAGAAUGGACUACUGAGUUGGUAUAUGAGAGUUUGUUUAGCUUUAGAUGUAGCAAGGGGUUUGGAGUAUCUCCAUGAUGGGGCAGUUCCUCCAGUAAUUCACCGGGAUAUCAAAUCAGCCAACAUUUUGUUGGAUCAGUCCAUGAGAGCAAGGGUUGCUGAUUUUGGGCUUUCAAGAGAAGAGAUGGUAGACAGUCGAGCAGCUAACAUCAGAGGAACUUUUGGAUAUCUCGAUCCUGAAUACGUAUCUUCGAGGGCUUUCAACGAGAAAAGCGAUGUUUAUAGCUUCGGAGUAUUACUUUUUGAGAUUAUAGCUGGCAGAAAUCCUCAACAGGGCCUUAUGGAAUAUCUUGAGCUUGCUGCUAUGAAUUCUGAUGGUAAAGUUGGGUGGGAAGAACUUGUUGAUUCCCGUCUCGACAGAAAUUUCGAUGUUCAAGAGCUGAACGAAGUUGCAGCUCUUGCAUACAAAUGCGUUAACCAUGUCCAGAAAAAGCGACCUUCAAUGAGAGACAAUGUACAAGUUUUGUCCCGAAUCCUAAAACAAAGGAAGAACAACAGACGUAACCUAAAUACGGAGUCAACAACAACGGAUGAAGUCGCCAUUGAUAUUGAUCAACUACACCUGAAUCAUGUGAAGUAUAGAAAAUGGUUCUUGGUUCAUUUCUUUUAUUCUUCUUUAUAUUGACAGUGCUUUUCUCAACAUACCAAGAAAGAAAAUUAGCCGAAGUUAACAAGAAUGUAAUAUAGUUAUUAUUUUUUUUUUAAUUCCUUUUGAUGUUUGUUAAUUGAGGCAUCGCCAAUGAAAGUAG